CAUGCUUACAAACAUCCUUUUUUCUAUGCACAAAAUGGCGGAAGAGGCUCCAAUGAAAACUUUCUCUUUUGAAGAAGUAAAAGAGCACAACAAAGCGGGAGGUUGCUGGCUAGUUAUACAUGAUAAUGUUUAUGAUGUAACAAAAUUUCUUGAUGAGCAUCCUGGAGGAGAAGAAGUGUUGUUAGAACAAGCAGGUGGAGAUGCAACUGAAAACUUUGAAGAUGUUGGUCACUCAUCUGAUGCUAGAACAUUAAUGAAAGAUUACUUAAUAGGAGAGCUUAAAGAGGAGGACAAGCGAGAUAAUUUGCCGACUAAGUUACCCAAUUAUGACAAGGAUGCAAAGGACAAGGACAAUGGAUCAUCUUGUGUACUGCAGUGAUGUUAAUAGAUAAGGUUGGGAAUACUUGUUCCAGCAGCAAUUGUGGUUGUCAUUGCAGUAGCUGCUUAUAGAUUAGCGAUGUAGAAAUUUAGCUUUGUACAACAUCAUUUAAUGCAGUAUUUGUAUCAUUCAGAAGCCCUCCUAUUUUUUUCUCAAAAGCCAAACAGUUACUAAGUCACAUCUGUAUGUCAGCCAAAAGAAAUGAAGAAAUAAAUGUGGGGUUUUGCACAA